AUGCAAAAAGUUAUUCAGCGGGGAGCAGCAGCCAGGAAGCAGGCCCAGCGGAGAGCUGUCAAGGCCACCGAAAGGGAGCGUCUGGUGGAACGCAAGGACACGACGCGACUUCGGAAGGAAUACAACAAAGCCACGAUCGAUAACAUCCGGGCUUCCCAAGCCGCCCGCUGGGAGGAUUGGGAAAAGGGAGCUCUGGCUCCCAAGCGAGAUGUCGGUCUCGCCUCCACUACCUUCGGUGCGCUCGACGCCAUCACGAUGCACCCGCCGCGUAUUCCUCGGCACCAGCGUCGGAAGUUCAUCCUCUUUGCCCCCGGAGAUCGAGUCUGUGUGAUCCGAGGACGGGAUCAGGGCAAGAUCAAUGAAGUUACCCAGGUGAACGCGGACAGUGAGACGAUUCUCGUCAAGGAUAUCAAUGUGGCUGAUAUAGCCGUCCCCGAAUGGGCCAAAUCCUCAAUGGGUAUCAAGUCCGACGUUAUGCCCCAGCCCAUGCCCAUACCGAUCGAUAACGUUCGACACGUUAUUGCGCUGGAAGAUAAAGAUCAACCGGGCUCGACGCGAGACUACAUUAUACAGCAUGCCUACGGAGGCCCGCCUUUCUACGAACGCCCACCCGGCAGCGAGACCCCGCGGUAUUCUCGGUACAUCUCCGGCCUGGGCCUUGAAAUCCCCUGGCCCAAGGAAGAACUUCCACAGAUCAAGGACGGGCAAUGGGACACCUUGCGAGUUGAGGUGGACACGCAGACCUGGGUGCCGACUUUGGACAACCCGCCAUUCCCAUCCACCAUCAUUGACGAGCUGCGGAACAAGUACUCCAAGUUCCGGUCACGACACGACCCCGAAUACGUGAGAGAGAAGACCAUAGAGGCCUAUCGACAAGAGUAUAUUCAAAGCCAAUCUCUUUUGACGCCUCGUGGGGAGCUGAGAGCUCGGGCGCAGGCGAGGGGCUUGGCCAAGAGGCAGUCGUCACUGGAUGCCGACGGGAACAGGAUCAUGAACAAGGAGACAAGCAGGUUCAUCAACAACUUCUUGAACAAGAGCCUAACUCAUGUGUCUGGUCCUGCUUCUAAGGGCAAGAAGGCUAAUGCCCAACAAUUGGUGUGA